UAUUAAAGAAAGGGGUGUUCGAAGACCAAACCUGUCCUUUCAACAUAUUUUUGACCCCUCUAUCCCCUGCAGCUGCCGUAAUCCCCGCCACUGUUUUUCGCCUGUAACAGAAGAGCUCUCUAGGGUUUCAAUUCACGUCCGUUUCAGCAGUAAUGGGUGGAGGCAACGGUCAGAAAGCCAAGAUGGCUCGUGAGAAGAAUAUCGAAAAGAUGAAAGGCGCAAAAGGAAGCCAACUUGACGCCAACAAGAAGGCCAUGAAUAUCCAGUGCAAGGUAUGCAUGCAGACAUUUAUGUGCACAACGUCAGAGGUGAAGUGCAAGGAACAUGCCGAGGCCAAACAUCCAAAAUCUGAUCUCGCUACCUGUUUCCCUCAUCUCAAACAAUAAACUUAGGUGUCAAACGUGUCUUGUAGAAAAUGUUAGUAUUAUCUCCUAUCACUAAUCACAAAGUGUCAACCCAAGCAAGAUGUAAAAUUGUGUAUUUGUCCCACACAUAUACAGGUCGGGCCAAAUUUUUAGUUGUGCACUCUGCUCUUUAAUGGUUGAUAUCAUAUGUGGUAUAAUUUGGGAUUUGUCAAUGAAUUUGGCGUUGUGUUUUUGUUCAA